AUGCCUUUCCAAUUAGAUACCCCCGUCCUCACUGUGGAUACAGGAAUAAUACACAAGGUUGACGCCGGAAACCCACAAACUCUCUACGACAUGUGGAUUGUUUUCUCCAGAUGUGCCGACUCAGUUCAGAACGGCAGGAGAUUGGAAUACAUGUGCUGGCGCUACUGGAACAGGGCAACCAUGCUUCACCGACCUGAGCUUGCCCCGGCUGGCGUUUCCCAGAGCGCUCCCCAACCCAUCCCCUCAGUCUCGUCAGUCCCCGACAUGCCUCAACUGUCUAAGAGUGUCGAUUCGGCACCCGAUGACGAGGCUAGUGACUUCACAGCACAAUCUUCCCCCGUCGACAUCCGACCAAGGAUAUCUCGACAGGACUCUUGCGGCAGCAGGCGAGACAGGACUCCCAGAUCGGAAGAGUUUGAGAAGCUCUUCGUCUCGAUUAUCAAGGAACAGGAGCUUCCCCUCCGCCAGAACGCACCUUCUCGGCUGCCACCAGCGGCAGCUCUCGAGCGAUCGGGAUCUACCACUACCGAGGAGGCGGCUUCACAAGCCUCGGAGGACGCCAUCUCCGAAUCCUCUCCGCAGACUUCACCCGACACAUCCUUCCACACCACCACCGUUACUCGUGGCUUCCACCCAGCGACCAGCAUAACGUUCGAGCAACCCAGCAGCGUUCCCCAGAGCUCACCUAGCUCAGUAAUGGAGCCCACUUCGGUGCCUCACAGGAAGCACGUCGGCGCCACCUUCACCUGCGGUGCCUCUAGCUCUUCGAGCGAACACCAAAGCCUCCCCAUCAGGAAGACAUUGCCCAAGCCGAGGCAGCCCGUAUCCUUCCAGAUCGGAACUUCGGGUUCCUCUGAGGAGGAGAGUUCUCUGACCACGGCUCUUCAAAAAUCCCGCUCCGGUGCCCUCUCGGGCCUGAAGAAGCAGGCUACCGUCCAACACUUCCCUAGGACUCAUGAAUCGAGCGCUAUUGAGGAUGACGAUACCGAGUGCGACGACGUUGACGAGAGCGCCAUCGAUGAUGACGAGGACGACUCUGAUUGGGAAGAUUCCGACGAAGUGAGUGGCAAAUCGAGCAUCGAUGACAAGACGUAUUUCAAGCGAGUAGACUCCACUGCCCAGCUCGUCUCUCGCCGCUCGCUCAUUACCCUUGGUCUCGAGGCCACCGAGCGGCAAAGGCGGCUUGGCAACCCCGCGUCCCAGUCGACCUCGGCACUCCAUCGCUCUCGCGGACCCCAGGCUGGCCAAUGUACCAUGGGAUCCCCCAACGACUCCGACGAGUCCCCCUUGAUGAUGAAGAGGGGCAGCCGCGUCAAUCAGCUCAAGCCCAUCAGGGAAAUCCCCAGGACGGGUGCGCAGCCCAUCGUGGCUCCCCCCGCUCAGAACCACUUCCCCGCCGCCCUCUCCCCCCGAACCACCCGACGACACAUGCUCGCCACCGAGUUGACUGAGUCUCUCCGCCGACACCUUCUCUGGGAACGACAACAGAAGUCGUCGACCGCUAAUGCCGUGCUCAAGCGGAGGCACACAUCUCACGACGUGGCGAACCUCAAGCAAUACCCCGAGAAGGCCUACAUGGACAAGUCGGAGGAUGCGAACUCCAGCAGCUGGAACCAGUACUUCACGAAGGAGGCCUUCAACGGAUACCACUCGAAGGGCUGGUAA